AUGGAACUAAACGGCUUGCUCUUUCCAGCGCCUGAGCCAUUCUAUGAUGCAGAUACCUUUCCAGGUGAAAUGAUAUGAAUUCCUAGGGUUAAACAGUCCAAAAAGCCUGCGAUACCUUGCUUAUAUUUAGCCUGCCCAAGAGGGUCAAGUAAAAUUAUGCUUUAUUUUCAUGGAAAUGCAGAAGAUGUAGGUUUGGCCUAUGAACUGAUGGACCAUCUAAGAUCGACCUUAAUGGUCCAUGUAUUGGCUAUUGAAUACCCUGGAUAUGGCAUUUACCCAGGAGAAAGCAGUGCUAAUCAGAUUAUAAAGGAUGCUGACAACGUUUUCCAGUACUUAACACAAGAAAUUGGUAUGAAUCCAAGAGAUAUCAUUGUUUUUGGCAGGUCCAUUGGCUCUGGCCCUGCAACAUGACUGGCUGCUGAAAGAAAUCCAGGGGCUUUGCUACUUAUGUCAGCCUAUACAUCAAUUAGAUCAGUUGUAAAAAGCAUUGCUGGGACACUGGCUUCUUAUUUAAUAAAAGAAAGAUUUCGAAACAUUGAUCUCAUGCCAAAAGUAACAUGCCCUUCAUUUAUAAUCCACGGACAAAUAGAUACACUGAUCCCUUACGUAAACUCUCAGAUGCUACAUGACAAUUGCGCAGGACCUUGCAGCCUUAUUUUACCUAAAGAAAUGGAUCACAAUGAAUUUGAUUUUUUUGAUGAUUUAUCUCUGCCGUUUUCAGCAUUCUUAAUGCAGUGCGGGAUUUCAGUCCUGCCAGAAAGUAUGCAGAGUGCCUUUUUGAACUUCCCAGCACAGCUGUUUUCACCUCCUGAUGUAAAGAAAAACGAAAAUAAAGGGACUUGGAACAAGUUUUUGAAGCUUUUUUCUAAUUAG